ACCCCAAGAAAGCAAAUUUGCUCUGUCCAUUUCAAUGGAAAUAAAAAUAAUUCGAUUGUCGCCUCCAGAAAUGUUGGGAAAGCUAUUGCAAGAAGAAAGUUUUACAUUUUCAUGUAUAUCACAGUGAGACCGGAAGCCGGAAUUUUGGCCGGUGCCGGCUCUGUAUUUCCGGCACACUUCGUCGAAGAGAGGAAAACUAUAGUAAAAUACUCGUUGCAAGUGACCAAGUUAUUAGAAAACUUUUGCCAACUCUACAUGCUUUUGCAUUGACACUACAAAAAGGAGAUAAAUAAUUUGGAUAUUCAUUCUGUGCUCUACUGCUGCUCUGAAUAAAAUGUAACAGAGGCAACACAAGGACUCCAGAUUUCAGGAAAACUUUGUGUUUGUUUACACCAGCACCAUGUCAAUCAUCAAUGUUGAUGAUGAGUUCAACUCUUAUGAAGAAGUUGAACAGAAAAUUCAGGAACUUCAAGACAAAGAGAAAUUCAAACUAUGGAAAAGAGACAGCCGUACCAUUGGUGCUGCAAUAAAACGAAUGCCAAAGAGGGUCUUCAACCCAGAGGUCAAGUACAACGAGCUCCUGUACUGCUGCGUGUACGGCGGCCGGGAGAAGAAGGACGAGCUGCGCUCAAUGCGGCAGAGAUGUCCCUACCAGGUCAAGUUUCGCUGCACCCAGGACGGCCAGAGACUGCGGGUGGUGUCCAUCACACCCACACACAACCAUGGACCUAUUGAGUACACGGACAUGGAGGUGGAUAGGAGAGAUUCGUCUCCUCCGUCCCAGCACAGUGAUACGAGUGGGGAGGAGCUUCUGGCCGCCGCAGACAUCAACAUCGAGGACAGCGUGGAAGGUUCCGGUGGCGAAGACUCGAUAAACCUGUCGGGGGCCUCGCAGUACUUCAGCCCUGACCUCACUGACCUCACACCAAAGCUAUUCUCCGGGGGAUCUUUCAAGCAGCCAAAGUUGCGAGUGAUCCUUGAUGUAGACACAGGCAUCGACGACUCCCAUGCCAUUAUGCUGGCCCUGGCGCAUCCCAAGGUGGAAAUCCUGGCCAUCACGUGUGCCAACGGCAACGUCAACGUGGACCUGGUGUGUGAGAACACUUUGAGGGUGCUCAAGGCGUGUAACAGAGAAGAUAUUCCUGUGUAUAGAGGGGCGGAGUGCUCCCUUCUCGGUAACACCUCGCAGUUUGAGAACUUCAGCGGGGAGGCAUGGAACACGCCAGUUGACAGCAGUCUGGUCCAGCCCGAGCAUGCUGCCAACGCCAUGAUCAGAAUCAUUACCAACAAUCCCGGUGAAGUGACUGUGGUUGCCUUAGCUCCUCUGACCAACCUGGCCCUGGCCAUGAGGCUAGACUCCACGGUUGGCCGCAAGAUCAAAGACCUGUAUAUCAUGGGGGGCAAUAUCGAAGCUCGGGGCAGAAUCAGCACGUGUGCCGAGUUCAACUUUUACAACGACCCGGAGGCAGCCCAGGUGGUGCUCAAAGAGUUCAUCAACAUCACCAUCCUGCCCUACGAGGUCUGCCGCAAGUUCCUUCUGCCAUGGGACUUUUUCGACAUGUGGAUCAACGCCGGGACCCAAGUGUCGGACUUUGUGAAGAGAUCCGUCCUGGAGUCGGCCAAACCAGCCCGCGCGGCCGGCCGUGAGGGCUACCGCUCGUGCGACGGCUACGCCAUGGCUCUGGUCAUCGAGCGCUCGGUGGUGCAGAGCGCCGAACCCGUGUACAUCACAGUGGAGCUGAGCGGCCAGCUGACCCGUGGCCAGAUGGUGGUGGACUGGGACGGGCUUCUCCAGCAGCCGUGCAACGCGCUGGUGGUCAAGGAGCUAGAUGUGGACAAGAUCCAGUCACUGUUUAUGCUCAUGGUUAGGCCUACAACGACAGGUGGUGGUAUCGGUGGCGGUCUGACGCCGCACAGCAAUAAGCAGGUCACCGACAGCAGCGGCAGUAGCACCAACGGUAUCGACGGCAGCAACAGCAACAGCGGCGGCAGUCACAGCAUCUGUGGGAGUGAUUCAAAUAAUAACCUCGGUAGCCGCAGAUGAUAGCAGCCUGUUUGAGGUUUGAGCUAUGUGUACGCUUGUGGGGGGGUGGGUGGGAUGGAGGGGUGAGCACGUGAUGUGAUUUUUGUCCAAGUUGACGUGUUUGAUUUACUUGCUGUGAUUUCAUCUGACCUUGAAAUCAUAUACAGAACUACUCAGCUCAUUCCUUUAGACCCUAAGGAUAUGGGUGGUUGGUAGUCACUCGGGUGUGGUUUGCUCUCUCUUUCCUAUCAAAUAUUAAUCGUCCUUAC